GCGAUGGGCACAUCGUAUUCGUAUCGUACCUACCAUUUUCAACUGUCAAGGAAACUGGGAAGGAGCACUGAGCAGAGAACUCCCUCUCACGCCUGAAACCCUCUCUUUCAAGGCGUAAAACAGCUAGAACCAGUUUCUAAUUUCGUGGAAUUUCGUCCAUUCCGCAGUCCGCUCCGAGUAAACCAAAAUAUUAUUAGUGUUUCGGACGAGGUGCCUCCCGUCAUCACAAGGGAUUGAACCCUAGAAACCUAAGGAUUUGGUAACCCUAGUUUCUACAAUUUUCCAAGCAAUACUGUUUAUUCCUUUUCUUUUUCAUUAGCUCCAGUUGUUCUCUCGGGGGCACGGACUACUUAAAUGCCUCACACUUCGUCUGCUAGAAAACAUGGUGGAGAUCAGUCGGACGGUAGUGGUUCUCUUCAAAAAUCCCAACGGGCCAAAAUGGGAAGAGUCACUGAAGACGGCGAUAGGAAGAGUUCGAACAAGAGACUCAAGGAUGUUGAGAUUAGCGUUCCAAUAGUCUAUGGAACUAUCUCAUUCUGGCUCGGUAAAAAGGCGAGUGAGUAUAAUUCGCACAAGUGGACUGUCUAUAUUCGUGGAGCAACAAAUGAGGAUCUGGGUGUAGUGAUCAAGCGUGCCGUGUUCCAAUUACAUCCCAGUUUCAAUAAUCCCACUCGGGUUGUGGAGUCGCCCCCAUUUGAGUUGUCGGAAUCUGGGUGGGGAGAAUUUGAAAUUGCCAUCACCCUUUAUUUCCACAGCGACGUCUGUGAUAAGCAGUUGGACUUAUAUCACCAUCUGAAGCUGUAUCCAGAGGAUGAAUCUGGGCCCCAAACCACCAAGAAACCUGUUGUUGUAGAAUCUUACGACGAGAUUGUGUUUUCCGAACCAUCUGAGAGUUUCUUUACUCGUGUACAGAAUCAUCCUGCUGUAAUUGUGCCUAGGCUACCUGCUAGUUUCAACUUACCUCCUCCUGGAGCAAUUGACAAUGUUAAUGAAAAAAAGAGAGGUGAUACCAAAGAUCAUCCGCUAAGCCAGUGGUUUAUGAACUUCUCAGAGGCAGAUGAGCUACUAAAACUUGCAGCUGCUCGACAACAGGUGCAAGCUUAUAUCGGAAAGCUUAGAAGACAGUUGAGUGUCAUUGAUGGACAACCUCAGCAAGCAAAGCCCACCUCUGUUUCUUAAAGCUCUAGUCCGAGGAGAUAGACUGGAGGUUAAAGGUUGUUGCUAGAAUCAAUGAGCUGCACUAGGAAGGACAGGUCAGCCAUCCCUCUGUUUGUGGAGUAUGUAUGGCUCACUUGGAGUUGGGACCAACAAAAUAUUGUUUGUAUGUAGGACCUAUAUAUAUAUAUAUAUGCGUUGACCUCUAGCUACGCUGUUUUAAUUCCUCCUUUUCUUUUCUGAAACGAUGUAAUUGAUCAGAUAUGUUAUGUCAACCGUGGGACUCCCACUCAGGUUCAAGACA